AUGGCAUACGCAACAGCAAACACACAAAUCCCACAACAUGUUACGGCUCUACUUUCACAUCUUACAUCACGCCCUGGCGUACAAUCCACCUUCAUCCUUUCCCGCAAAGACGGAUCCAUAAUCCAAAGCACCGGGCUCUUCGCCUCAGCACCGACGAGAAAUAGCACGACAAGCGCGACACAGACCCCGCCCGCAACGGACGGCGCAAACAGCACUUCUACCCCUCCUGCAGAAUCAUUGGAUCCUUCUUCACCCCCCGGCACAAACACAGUACCAGCCCCUACCGCCCAGAAACCAUACCAGCCGUCUCAGGCGGAAUCUCUAGCGGCGCGGAUCUUUGCUUUCGUGUCGAGUGCGUCUGAACUGGGGAUGUCGAUGUCGCGUCCGCCCGCGGAGAAUAGGGAUAGCUAUCAGACUGGGUUGAAUGGGUCGUCUGAGCUAGGAGAUGGUGCGGCGAGAGACGAUGCGAGGACGGAGGGUGUGGACAGGGAGGAGGACGAUGAGGUUAAGCUGCUCCGGUUGAGGACUAAGAAGCAUGAGAUCGUGGUCGUGCCGGAUAGGAAGUAUCUCCUAUGUGUGGUGCAUGAUGCUGCGCAUGCGCCGGGGGGUUCGGGGGCUGCGGGGGUGCUACAGAGUAUCGCGCUAUGCAAUGAUUGUGCCCUUGGUGAUUUGGUGCCAUCGGUUACCGAUGGUGCAGCGGGGUGUUACCCCUCUCGCAGACAAGCUAUCUUGAUGGGGUUUCAUCAGCUUAUCAAUGGUCACUGCGUCGUGAUUCUGUCUGUAUCCAGUUUCAUCUAUCCAUCGCCAUUUCGAUCGGCAGAGAUGGCUGCCGAAUUUGACAUUGCACAGGCUAGGACUCGUUUUCCCGCUUUGAAGCUAAAGCGGGUGUUCCUGGAUAAUGCAGGAGGCAGUCAGGUUUUGGACACUGUGAUCGAAUCGAUUACAUCUUACCUCUCUACCACCAAUGUUCAAUUGGGAGCGACCUAUGGCAUAUCUCGGGCAGCCACCGCUGCAUUUGCUAAGGGCUACGAGGCGGCGGCAGAGUUUAUCAAUGCGAGUCCUGAUGAGAUCUGCCUGGGUAUAUCAACAACUCAGCUAUUGCACAACCUUUCGACCGCGCUGAGGUUCCAACCCGGUGAUGAGUUGGUUCUCUCGAAGCUGAACCACGAAGCCAAUUCAGCCCCCUGGGUUCGGGUCGCCGAACGGCUGGGUUUGCAGGUGAAGUGGUGGUCUGCAUCGGAUUCUAGAAACCCUGUUUGUGAUUUGGAUGAGCUGGGUCAAUUGCUCUCGGAGAAGACGAGGCUCGUUGCAUGCCCACAUGCUUCGAACAUCACGGGAACAAUCACGAACGUCAGAGAGAUUGCGAAGCUCGUUCAUCAGUAUCCACGGGCUCUUCUCUGCGUGGAUGGGGUUGCGCUUGCGCCGCAUCGGCAGGUAGAUGUGAAGGAUCUGGAUGUCGAUAUCUAUGCGUUCUCAUGGUACAAAGUCUACGGGCCGCACAUUGCUCAAUUAUACGCCUCAUCUCGAGUUCAUGAUCAGAUCGACACCCUUGGCCAUUUCUUCAAAGGCACAGACACGCUGGACCUGAAGCUGAAUCUAGCAUCCGCCAGCUACGAAGCGACACAGUGUAUUCCUGCGGUUCUUGAAUAUCUUGGACCCAAUCCCACAGCUACAUGGGACAAGAUCGCCUCCUAUGAAGAGAAACUGCAGGCGAUACUGCUGGACUAUCUCAGGAGCGAGGAUCAGAUUACAAUCUGUGGUGAGCCGUCAGCAAGCAAGGAGCUUCGCGUCCCCGUAGUCAGUUUCACAGUGCAAGGCAUCAAGAGCCGAAAGGUUAUCGAAGAAGUCGAGCGGCGGACGUGGUUUUGUUUUCGCCAUGGCCAUAUGUACAGUCACCGGCUGUUGAACGAUAUCGUGGGUUUGGAGGAUGUCGAAGAUGGUGUAGUACGGAUCAGCAUGCUGCAUUACAAUACUGAGGAAGAAAUCACCCUCCUGGUUGAGAGCUUGAAAGAAGUGAUUAGCUCUCUGAGCUCCAUCUCGUCAACUUCUACGAACCCGGUUGAUGUGAUCUGGGAAAAUGAAGGCGAAUACCAGGUGGCUGGAAGAACCUUGACUUCUGCGACUAGCUCGCGUGGCGGUGUGAGGGUUGUUUUGCCCAAAGCUACCGAUGCGGCGGUCGCGCCUGAGUUGCGGAGACACCCUCGGCGCACCAACAGCUGCAUGGCUCAGUCCAGUGGCGUCAGUUGUGCCCGUCCUCCGCCGUGCCUCCUGCGACAGUCUGAUCGGAAGGUCAACUUUGUUGACAAUCUUGUCGACACCGCAUCGCAGAUCGUGGAGAUAAUCUGGCCCUUGUCAGCAGUGGCAUCUCGCAGCGACUCUGCCACAGGUUGCAAAGGUGUUUUGCCCCUUCGUACUUUCAUUCAGGAAACUCUCCGUCGGUCGCGCACCAGCUACAGCACUCUGCAGGUUGCCCUGUAUUAUCUGAUCAAGAUCAAGGAGCACGUGCCUCGCUGUGAUUCGGAACAGGAACAACAACCGCGGAACAAGCCGGUCUGCCGUGCCAUGCAAUGUGGCCGUCGCAUGUUCCUUGCAGCUUUGAUCCUUGCAUCAAAGUACCUUCAGGACCGCAACUACUCCGCCCGUGCUUGGAGCAAGAUCUCCGGUUUGAAUACAGCGGAAAUCAACCAGAAUGAGUUGAUGUUUCUUGAAGCGGUUGGUUGGAGACUUCACGUUCCUGAAGCCACCUUCCAGCGUUGGACGGACAUUGUCCUGAAGUUUACCCCUGGAGCUGGUGGGCCUUUUGCCGGGGAAGGGCAGUGCUGGCGAACGGUCAUCCCCAAGCUCACCCCUGAAUUGGACACAGUGGAUGUUGAGCCUUCCACUUCCUCUAGCAUGGGAGGAUUCGAAUCGGGCCUCGUGUCUGACUCACCUUCUCCUCGUUCUCCACCGACGGGUGAGCAUCCCAGCCCGCCAUCCGUUUACAGUCAGGGGCUGGCGUAUCAGCGGUACUCGCCACUGUCUACUGGAGCUUCGUCUCUUCCCUCCAUGCCACGACCACCUAUGCUGCCAACGCCUCAGUUGACGCCUCAGACGACCAUUGCUACCACUCCUGCUGCGAGUGCUAGCGCCUUCUGCGCCCGCCGGGCUUCCAUCUGCGCUGCUAUGUCUCAAGUGCAAAACAUGUGCAUGGCGCGGUCGACUCUCGACCAGCGCCCGUCGCUGGCGUUUUGCCCAAAGGCUAACACGUUUGAUGGAUACCCGACCGUGGUUCGCAGGUCGUCUCUGGCCCGCUCGACUUCUUCGGCGUCAUCUCCUGAUUCGAUGAUUUCCGAUGUGUCGACGCUGUCAUCGUCGAGUCUGUCAUCUUGCUCUUCCGGGUCUGCUCCUGUCUCCUCCAUCCUGGGCACUUGCGCCUCUGCCAAGCCUCGCUUGGCUGUCAAGGCCACGCUUCGAUGCACCAGCAACUCACUCAAGGAAUGUCGGAAGGCUUUGGCCAUCGCGUCUCCUAUCGAUGAGGGCUCGCUUGGUGACGUCUACAGCUCCCCUGAGACCUACUUGGGCGCAGUUGGCCAGGUCCCGGAUCUGUCCAAUUUCUCUCUGGGCACUCCCGUUGACCAUGAGGCAGCUCAAAGCCUUUGUGAAUUGUCGGGGGCUAUUUCCCGCCCUGCCCAGACGUUCGAGCAAGGAACAACGGCUCAGCGACAAUGCCGGAAACGUGGCCGCACAGGCUCCGAGGAUCUUCUGUGGCAGAACCAUGUCCGCCACCUGAUGAACCUCAAUGCGCGGAACGAGGGCAAGGCUUCGGAUGGUUCCAUGGGCGAUAUGCUUUCUGAUUCGAAACAUCCUCAGUCUCUCUCCGCUGCUCAACUCAGUCUCCUGACUGUUAGCGCUCCUUUGUCUGGACCAGCUGGCAUGAAGCGUGCUUGCUGUGGCAGCGAAGCGAGGAAGAUUGCGCUCAACCCGAGCGUGCGAUCGGAGUACAUGGGCUAG